CGAAAACGACAUCUGGCAUUGCUCUGCUAACACAGUCUCAUCUUCCACCCAAAUCCAAAAAGACAGAACACACAACAGAUCGAAAUACCAUAGCGUAAGGAACAACAAUCCCACAACUCAGUUCACAUUCUUUCACCAAUUCCCGAAAAUCUCUCAUUGGAAUCUCCACCAAAGAAAAAAAAUAUGGACGACAAAACUCAGUCCGAGAGUAAGCAAAACGACGACAAGGACGUUGCGCCAGAAUCACAACCGCCAAAACCGUCGUCGGGAGGGUGGGGCUUUAUGCAGUUCUCGUUUCUCUCCGAUCUUCAGAAAGCUGCCGCUGUUGCCGCCGAAGAGAUCUCUCGCAAUGCUGCUGUAGUUGCACAGACAGCAUCUAAGGGCAUUGCGGAGUUGCAAAAUGAAGCUGAAGAUUCAGAAUCUUCCAAAGAGGAUGAAGGGACUGAAGAUUCUGCAGCUGAGAAGGAAAGUGACAAUGAGGAUACCAAACUGCGAAAAUCUGCUCUGGACAGAUUGGAGAAAGCUAGUGAAGAUUCACUACUUAGCCAGGGUUUGAAAGCUUUUGAUAGCUCUGUGGAGAAUUUUGCAUCUGGAGCUUGGAGUGCUUUAGGAAAUGCUUGGAGAGGGAGCACUGAUUUUGUUCAGCGGCUCGAAAAUUCUGCUGCAAACCUUUCAGGGUCUUCACAGCAUGAUGGGCCAGGAGCUGCAGGUUCUAAUGCAUCUUCUCUGUUAGAGACAGGAAGAGCUUUUACUGCAAAGGGAAUGCAAGUGCUUGAAUAUGUUAGUAAGGAGACAAUGGACCUAUUAAUCAAUGAAACUGGAAUUGAGGUUGAGAAGGAUAAAAAACCAGGUGAAGAACAAAAUGACGAGGAUCAAUUAUCAGAGGAAGUGACUUUUGAUCGAUGCUUUUACAUUUAUGGAGGUCCAGAGCAAUUGGAGGAACUGGAGGCUUUGUCUAGUCAUUAUGCCAUGCUAUUUAACCGAAGAAAAGUUAAGUUGUCAGCUGAACAUAAGUCUAUAUAUGAUGGGAAGCUUAAAGAGGUCCAACAAAUUUUUAAUUUGAGUGCUGAAAUUGAUAGCAAUAAUAGUGAUUCAAACAAAGGCAAGACGAUAAAGAGAGGAAAUGAAGGAAGCAGUGAUGAGAUGAAGAACUUACACGAUUCAAGUGUUGGCAAGGCUGCUGAAAUGGCCGCAGGUUUCACUAAUACCUUAACUGGUCUAGCUGCUAAUGAUGUAGUUCUGAGAACUACUGCAAGAUUGGAAUCACUUCAUUCUGAGGGAGUUCAUAGACUGUCUGAAAUGUGCUGUUUUGCUGUGUCCCAACUUCUAGUGUUUGGAAAAUCCAUCAUUUCUCGUGCCAAUAAGACUGAGGAUGAAGCAGAUGAUGAUAAGGCACACAUUGAGUGGCCGGAAGACGUUACUGCAAAAGCGAAUAUCAUAAGAGUAAAUGCCCAAACAAUGAUAGGAUAUGUGGAAGCAGUUUCUAACAGUUUUAUUACAGGCAUAUCUGAUGUAGCGGAGGCCUAUCAAGCUGCCAUUAAAGCUGUUACUUCUGAGUCUCAGUCAGUUGUUCCCCACGCAUCAUCAGUUCAGGAAAAAGCCAAUGCCUUCUCGGAGAACCUUCGAGCUGAUCAAACCACAGCGGUAUGCAAAAUCCAGGAAGGAAUGCAAUUUUUAGCUCACGUUCUCAUUUCAACCUCAAUGAAUGCUGCUUGAACACUUAUAUACGUUCCUAUUUGUAAAUAGUCACAGAAUAAUUAUAAAAAUGGUACUCCACUCAACUAUGCUAUAGUUUAAGUCGGUUUUAGACUUAGUGACUGGGGCAAGUUUGUCCUGAUAAAUUGAUUCUUGCAACCGAUUUAUUCUUUAAUUCCUCAAUUCAGUCUAUCAUAUAUGAAGAGAUUUUAGAUA